AUGAUGGAUGGUGGCAUAGUGCACCCUCACCCUGGUGUUGUGCAUGGGGGUGUACCAGGUGUGGUGCAUGGUAUGCCCGUGCAUGGAGCUGGGCCUGAUGGAGAACAUGCUCCUCAUGGGCCUCGCCGCCGCUAUCAGAAUAGACCUAAGCCUCCAAAUAAUUUAGAACGCUUACCCCUAGAUGAAGCUGCUAAGAGGGAAAUGGAAUCACUGCCAAUGAAGACACCAGUAUCAGUACUACAGGAGCUCCUGGCCAGACGUGGAACAGUCCCAAAGUAUGAGCUGGUUCAGAUAGAGGGGAUGAUUCAUGAGCCUACAUUCCGUUAUCGUGUAACUGUCGCCGACUUGGUUGCAAUGGGUACUGGUAGAUCGAAAAAAGAGGCGAAGCAUUCAGCGGCUAAAGCUCUGCUGGACAAGCUGACGGGUGCUGCUCCCGCUGACCAGUCCACUAAUGGAAAUGUACCAGAGACUGGUACUGUUGUGUCAUCCUUUGAAGACAAGUUGAUGGGGAAUCCCGUGGGAUGGCUGCAAGAGCUGUGCAUGUCGCGCUUCUGGCCGCCGCCUUCCUACCACGCGGAGAAUGACGAUAAUGUUGCUAGACGUUUACCACAUGAACGUCAGUUCACAAUCAUAUGCACUCUACUGAAGCGUCGUGAGGUCGGUACGGGCAAAUCUAAAAAGCUCGCCAAACGCCAGGCCGCAUACAAAAUGUGGCAAGCGUUGCAGGAUAACCCACCGGAAACCUUCCAAACCGAGGAAGAGGGCGGCGUAGCGGCCCGAUACGCCGACCUGAAAGAUAGUAAAAUCUCAACACUCACAACCAGUCACAGCCACAAGGUGUCGCAGUUUCACAAACACCUCAAACAAUCGGUGGGCCCCAACCUGGCCAAGUUGCAGGUCACUCCAUUGAACAAUAAGGACUUCAAUUUCGUCCAGUUCUUGCAAGAGAUUGCUUCGGAGCAAGCGUUUGAAGUGACUUAUGUGGAUAUAGAAGAGAAGUCUAUGACGGGUCGUUGUCAGUGUUUAGUGCAACUGUCAACACUACCGGUAGCUGUUUGCUACGGUUCGGGUCUCACAAGCAAGGACGCUCAGUCCUCUGCGGCACAAAAUGCCUUAGAAUACCUGAAGAUAAUGACCAAAAAG